AUGUUGGAUAACUUUAUGAAUCAGUAUUGGUGGAAUAAGGUCAUACUACUUGUGCCCAAGGAGAUAGCACCGAACAUGAUAACUCUAGUAGGAUUGGUAGCGAUGAUCCUAUCGUACUUCUCUAUAGCUUAUUACACACCGACCUUCACUGAGGAGUCACCAAAAUGGACCUAUCUAGCCAAUGCAUUUGGCCUAUUUUUUUAUCAAACGAUGGAUGCGAUAGACGGUAAACAGGCCCGACGGACAGGAAGUGCUGGACCUCUGGGUCAAUUAUUUGAUCACGGUUGUGACUCUAUCUCUACCACCUUCAUAUGUAUGAGUAUUAUGGCAAGUACUGCUCUAGGAAGCGGCCCUCAGGCCAUGGCGUUGCUCAUGUUCAUGAUAGUACCCUUUUUCUUGGCACAAUGGGAGGAGUAA